CUUUUCCGUCCUCAGCUUAGGUGAAUCUUCGUCGUCAUGGUGAUGAAGAGGAGUCGGGUGUUGGCGGUGCUGGUGGGCGGAGUCUUCUGCGUGGCAGUGAUGUCACUGUACCGCAUGCUGGAGCUGAUGCAGGGGGCGGAGCUGCAGAGGGGCGGGGACACACCUGCAGGACAGAUGGAUGAGGAUUUGUCCCGCCUCCAGGAGAAGAUUGACAGGUUGGAGCGUCUCCUCAGCGAUAACAACCGUCUGGUCGCUACGCUGCGGGACUCUCUGGUCAACCGCAAAGCAUCGUGGGAAACAGGAAGGAGAGGGGCCAACGUGAGCUCAGACACACUGUCUGGCUGCCGAUUGGUCGAAGAGAUGAAGGACGGAACUGAUGGUGUUCAGCUGCUCCAUGUUUACGACCUCCUGACCUUUGAUAACCCCGACGGCGGCGCCUGGAAACAGGGAUUUGAAAUCCGUUACCAAGAAAACGAGUGGGACGAGACGCCGCUGGAACUUUUUCUGGUUCCACACUCGCACAACGACCCUGGUUGGUUGAAGACCUUCAACAGUUACUAUCAGGACCAAACCAAACACAUCCUGAACAACAUGUUGAUCAAACUGAGUGAAGAUCACAGGAGGAAGAUGAUUUGGGCAGAGAUCAGUUAUUUCUCUAAAUGGUGGAACGACAUCGACGAGCAGAAGAGAGAGAUGGUCAAACGGCUGGUGGGGGCAGGGCAGCUGGAGCUGGUGACGGGCGGCUGGGUGAUGCCGGACGAAGCAAACUCUCAUUACUUCGCUCUGUUGGAUCAGCUGAUGGAGGGACACCAGUGGCUGCAGAAACACCUGGGUGUGAGGCCGAGCAGCGGCUGGGCCGUGGAUCCGUUUGGCCACUCCCCCUCUAUGACCUACCUGCUGAAGGGGGCGGGGCUUAACAACAUGGUCAUCCAACGAGUUCACUACGCCGUCAAAAAACACUUUGCACGGCAACAGACGCUGGAGUUUCUAUGGCGACAGAGCUGGGACUCCUCCCCCCGCAGUGACAUCACGUGUCACAUGAUGCCCUUCUACAGCUACGAUGUGCCGCACACGUGCGGUCCGAACCCGGCGGUCUGUUGUCAGUUCGACUUCCACCGCCUGCCGGGGGGGCGGGUCUUCUGUCCGUGGAGGAUACCGCCACAGCCAAUCACAGAGCAGAACGUCCGGGAGCGAGCCCUCCUCCUGUUGGAUCAGUACCGUCAGAAGUCUCGUCUCUUUCGUUCUCCGGUUCUUCUCGUUCCUCUCGGUGACGACUUCAGGUUCACCGAAUCGAGCGAGUGGGACGCUCAGUUCAGAAACUACCAGAAACUGUUUGACUACUUCGAGCAGCACCCAGAGCUCCACAUCAAGGCUCGGUUUGGGACUCUGUCAGAUUACUUUGAGGCUCUUCAUCGGCGUCUGAACGCCACAGGAACGACUCUGCCGACACUGCGCGGCGACUUCUUCACCUACGCCGACCGUGACGAUCAUUACUGGAGCGGGUUCUUCACCUCCAGACCGUUUUACAAACGUCUCGACAGAGCGCUGGAGUCCACGCUCAGAGCGACAGAAAUCCUCUUCAGCCUGACGCUCGCUGACAUGCGUCGUUUCCGUGGCGACGGUCGUCUGGUCGCAGAUUUUCCUGGUCACGAACACUUCCGGCGUCUGACGGAAGCGAGGCGGAACCUGGCGCUGUUCCAGCACCACGACGCCGUCACCGGCACCGCCCGCGACCCCGUGGUGGUCGACUACGGCACCAGGUUGUUUCACUCCAUCCUGAACCUGCGCCAGGUGCUGCAGAGCUCCGCCCACUGGCUGCUCCUAUUGGACAAAAGCCAGUACCACCACGACCAAUCGAAACCCUUCCUGCAAAUGGACGAUGUGAUGUCAGCUCAGGACGCUCUGCCCCAGAAGACGCCACUCGUGCUCAGUGAUGCACCCAGGUCGUUGAUCAUCUUUAACCCGACAGAACAGCUACGAACAUCUGUCAUCAGCGUCGUCAUCGAUUCUCCGGACGCUCGUGUCAUUGAAGCAGAAACAGGUCGACCAAUGACUGCGCAGAUCUCAGCGGUGUGGGCGGAGCCAAGCCGAGCGUCUGCAGAUUCUUUCCAGCUCUCCUUCGUCGCUGAACUUCCUCCUCUGUCACUCGCUGUGUAUCAUGUGACCAAAGCGCCGGCUGGCUCCGCCCACCGGGCACAGUAUACCUUCCAUCGCCACGGCAACCCGCCGACCGUCCGCUCUGAACACUUCCAGGUGUCCAGCCCCCAAGGGCCUGAGGCCGACGCCCCUCUGUCGCUUAGCAACAAGCACGUCCAAAUAUGGAGCUCCCAGGAAACCGGUCUCCUGCAGAAGCUCCGUCUGCAGUCCGGUCUGGUCCGUCAGGUCCAGGUCCAGUUCCUGUGGUAUGGGACCAGGAGCGGAGUGAACCGGGACAAGAGCGGGGCCUACCUGUUCCUGCCAGGGGAGGAGGGAGCCCAGCUCUACUCGUCCUCAGAGCCCCCCCUGAUUAGGGUCUCCAGAGGUCCCGUCUUCUCUGACAUCACUUCCUGUUUCCGUCACUUCACUCACACGCUCCGCCUCCUCCACCUGGACGGGCAUGCUGGGAGGUCCCUGGAGAUUUCCAACAUGGUGGACAUCAGGUCAGAGGUCAACCGCGAGCUCGCUAUGCGACUCGUCAGCAACGUCGCCAACGGCAACCGUUUCUACUCUGACCUCAAUGGUUUCCAGAUGCAGCAGCGGCGGACUCUGGAGAAGCUCCCCCUGCAGGCCAACUUCUACCCGAUGACGUCGGCGUCGUUCCUCCAGGACUCGUCGUCUCGUCUGUCGCUGCUAUCAGCUCAGAGUCAGGCCGUCGCUUCGCUCAGACCAGGUGAUUGGAGGUUGGUAUUGGACCGGCGGCUGCAGCAGGAUGAUAACCGCGGCCUCGGUCAGGGCGUCACCGACAACAAGCUGACGGCGAGUCUGUACCACCUGCUGCUGGAGGACAGGAGGGGCGGGGCUCAGGAAGUGGGAGGAGCCUCGGUUGAACACCUGUCGUUGCUCGCUCACCUGACCUCGCUCUCUCUCUGCCACCCGCCAAUCACCAUGGUCGCCCCUAGUGACAGCCAGCUGCCAAAGCUCCGCCCCUUCCGUCCGCUCCGUUCGUCGCUGCCGUGCGAUGUUCACCUGCUGAACCUGAGGACGCUGGAGGACGCACAGGAAGCAGAAAGUCCGUCACAGGAAGUGGCUCUCCUCCUCCACAGGAAGGGCUUUGACUGUAGCUCCGCCCCCGAGCCGAUGCCUCAGUGCACGUGGAGCGUGCACGAGGAGGUGAAUCUGGACGAUCUCUUCUCUCCUCUUCAGUUUCGCUCUGUUCGUCGCUCAGGUCUCACUCUGCUGCGUGAACACGACGAGCCGGAGUCGGCCCGGCAACAGCAACCGCGCAUCACUCGCCUUCGACCAAUGGAAAUCAGCGCUUACCGCGUGGAGAUCGACUGACAGACACAAGAACAAAUGAAACCUAAACCACUGAAAGUAAUUCUACUGUAGGGAGGAUCAAUAAAUUAUAUAUAUUUUUAAUAUAAAAAUGUGGAAAUAAGAAUGAAAAUAAUGAAAUUAGCUGCUCAGAGUCAAACUGAGGCUCUGCAGCUGAAACUUUAAAUUAUUAAAUUAGACACUUCACAAAAAUAAAAUAAAAUAACCAAUGAAAACAGGAAAAACAAUAAAAUACGUCAGAGAGAAAUUAUUUAAAAACUUUAUAAAAUAUAAAAUGGUGAAGUGGGUGAAGCAGGAUAAUCAGGGUCAGAGGUCAACAACGUGACCACAUUUACACACAGCUGCAAUAAUUAAUCGAUUUUUCAGGAUCAGUUCAUUUUUCUGUCAAAUUCUCAGAAAAUUUAAAAUGUGAAUAUUUUCUUCAGUUUGAAGACGACUCAACAUUUUCUGACAAAAUCAAACGACAAAUCGAUUAAUGACGAUUGAAAAAAAAGAAUCAUUAUUUUUCCACUGUUUGUCUUCCGUAGACACUGACAGGUAACAGUUCUGCCUAAAGGUCAAAGGUCACAGACAGAAAUAAAUGUAUUUAUUAAAUGAAGAAUAAAAACACUGAAAUUUAACCUGUUUCGACAGGUGACGUUGCUACGGCAACAAAAAGGGACCAAUCGAGUCGUGAGCUCGGUGAAUGAGUUUAAAUUAAUGUGUGUUUGUUUCCAUGGAAACUGUCAAUCACAGUUUGUGUCUGGAUUCCUGUUACUGCUGUUUCUCUGUUUUAGACACGACUGUGGAAUUGUGGGUAAACGUGUGAUAUUGAAUUGUAUUGAUAAUGUGUUAUUGAUGAUUGAUAUCUGACACUGGAGGUUUUUAUUCAAUGUGUUUGUGUUAAAUCUCUGCUCGUAUCCACUGGUUUAAAUAAUUUUCUGUUUUUACUGUGAAAGGGAAAUUUUCUGGGAAACUUCUGAUUUUUUUUUAAUUAAGAAAAUUCUUUAUAUUUUCUAUGAACAGAAUUUUUGCUGAAACUUAGAUAUUUUAAAUGUAAGCACAAAUAAAAAUAUUUUACUUGUUAAAAUACAAAAA